AUGAAGAACAAAGAUGCUAGUUUUACUUAUGGUUGCCUGGAACCAACCAUGCUCACCCAGAUGGUGAAAUAUCUAGACACUGUCUAUGUUUCUGGUUGGCAGAGCUCAUCAACUGCCUCCUCUACUGAUGAGCCUUCUCCCGACCUUGCUGACUACCCUAUGGUAAGUACCAUUUCAAAUACCAAUGCUCAAGGGUCUAGGCUUAUACACUAUUAUUUAAAAACAGAAUACUGUGCCGAACAAGGUCAAUCAGCUUUUCCUGGCUCAACUGUUCCACGACAGAAAACAAAGAGAGGAACGUCUCCGUGCCCCCAAGGAACAGCGCAACAGCCUACCGAACAUUGA